AUAACCAGUCCUGACCACUCUGGAUGAGAGUGAUCGACACAUCCUGGUUGGACCAUGAGGAGAGUGCAGGGAACAUCUGGGUCCAGGAUUUUAGGUGCUUUACCUCAAAAGCGUUUUUGUGUGACUGCAGCAGGGACUGUGGUACAUGCAAACCUAGACGGAGGUAAAGGAGCUCUAAAAGCAGUCAGAAAAGGGGGUGUGGAUGGCGGGGUGAAACGCUUUGAGGAGAUCCCUCACACGGGGAGGAAUGGUUGGAUCAACCUGCUGAGGUUCUGGAGAGAAAAUCGUUUCCAGCAGCUCCACAAGCACAUGGAGAGGACCUUCAACGCCCUCGGCCCCAUCUACAGGGAGAAGGUGGGCACUAUUAGCAGCGUGAACAUCUUGCUGCCAUCUGACAUUAGUGAGCUGUUUCAGUCGGAGGGGCUGCACCCUCGACGUAUGACCCUGCAGCCGUGGGCCACACACCGAGAGAUACGCAACCACAGCAAGGGAGUUUUCCUCAAAAAUGGGGAGGAAUGGAGAUCUGACCGCCUUCAGCUCAACAAGGAGGUGAUGCUGAGUGCAGCUGUGAAGCGCUUUCUCCCCCUCCUCGAGGAGGUAGCAAAGGACUUCAGUGGAAUGCUGCAGGCAAGGGUGGAGAGGGAAGGGAGAGGAGAGGAGGGCAGGCGGAGCCUCACGAUCGAUCCAAGCCCUGACCUUUUCCGCUUCGCACUGGAAGCCAGCUGCCAUGUGAUCUAUGGGGAGCGUAUCGGCCUCUUCUCCUCCUCUCCAUCCCUGGAAUCUCAAAAGUUCAUCUGGGCAGUGGAGCGAAUGCUGACAACUACACCUCCUCUCCUGUAUCUCCCCCCUCGUCUGCUGCUCCGCAUUGGUGCUUCCCUGUGGACCCAGCACGCCACUGCUUGGGACCACAUCUUCAGUCAUGCUGAGGCCAGGAUCCAGAAGGCUUACCAGCGUCUCUCAUCCUCUAAGGGUCAUCACUCUGUGGCUGGGACAGCUGGGGGCCAGUAUACUGGGGUUCUGGGGCAGCUUAUAGAGAAAGGGCAGCUAUCUUUGGACCUAAUCAAAGCCAACAUCACCGAGUUGAUGGCUGGAGGGGUUGACACGACCGCCGUUCCUCUGCAAUUUGCUCUAUUUGAGCUGGGACGCAACCCUGAGGUGCAGGAGAGGGUGAGGCAGCAAGUGAGGACAUCAUGCUCACAGGCAGGCGGAGAUCCUCAGAAAGCCCUGCAGGGGGCACCACUGCUGAAAGCCACAAUCAAAGAGGUUCUCAGGUUGUAUCCGGUGGGGAUCACAGUGCAGCGGUAUCCAGUCAGAGAUAUUAUUCUCCAGAAUUACCACAUACCUGCAGGGACAAUGGUCCAGGCCUGUCUAUAUCCGAUGGGAAGAAGCUCACAAGUGUUCGAGGAUCCCCUGCGCUUUGACCCUGGGCGCUGGUGCGGCAGCAGCAAGGACGAUGGCCGGAGAGGAGAGGGUCAAGGGUUUCGCUCUCUGGCCUUCGGAUUUGGCGCGAGGCAGUGUGUUGGGAGGAGGAUUGCUGAAAACGAGAUGCAGCUCUUGCUAAUGCACAUCCUGCUGAACUUCCAUCUCAGUGUGCCGUCCUCAGAAGACAUCAAAACCAACGUUACUCUGAUCCUGCAGCCCGAGACCCCUCCUAGGAUCACUUUCACCAAGCUCUGACACACAGGAAAAUAAACUUUUAUCCUCUA